GGUUUAACCCUUCGCUUCCAUUGUUUCCCUGCUAACUCUACAAAGAAACUCCCAGGCGACUGUGUCAUGGGCAGAAGUUGGGGUAACUCCUCAUUUUUGAAGAGGAUAGAUUACCUUAUGCUUGAUGAUGGUUGAAGGCAAAGAAUGUGGUUGUCAAACAAAUCAUUACUCCUACAUUUUCUCCCCCAUUGAAGGUCUCUCUCUCUCUCUCUCUAAUCGCAUGCCUUUAGAUUUUUUUUGCUGGGUCCCUAUAAUCUAUCCGUGAUGAUCAAGGACUUCUCCUUUUAGCACUCUAUGUAACUCUUCCAGUAGUAUGUUCUCCUUAUUUAUGCAGUCAUGUUACCGAGGCUCUUGUGCGUCAGAAAGUCCUCUAAAAUAAUACACUUUGCAACUCGGCGAGUGCUGGGCAAUUAUAAAGCUUUUCAUACUUUUACUGCCUCAAUGGUUCUUUAGUUUUUCUCUACCCAUAAGCAGGGUUGAAAACUGCCGAGUUUCAAUUUUUUUAACGUUUGGCACGGAAGUCGAUAUUUCUACAAAAGCGAUGGAAUUCAUAUGAAAUUUUUGCGACAUCCCUCUUUUCCCUUAGGUCUAGGCAAUGUGAACAUAGGACUACUUAAAAGGCUGAUGCUGCUAUUCUAUGGAUAUCUGUUGGGGUCCCGGGCUUGCCCAUAUAAUCGAAAAUAUAUGGAGGCAUAGUAGGCAGGAUUUGAGUAGUAUGCAAAGUUGAUUGACUUGCUCUCUUUAGCUCUCCCAAAAGAUAUUUGUUGGUGACCAAGCACUAACACACUCGAAUCAAAACUUUUAGUUUGAUUCCUAUAAACCCAUGAUAAUGUUGCCAAUGUAUACAAACCAUUAACCAAAUUCAUAGGAUAAAAUUUGAAAACUGCUUUUGAAGCGUGUUUGAUUUGAACUUCAAGUCCAUAUAUAUUAGCAAUUCCAAGAGUAUUGACUGCAGAUCUGAAAAAAAUUCUAAGAGUAUUGACAUGAGGUAAAUCUUAAACUCAUAGUAUCUCCGAAUCUCUUCGAUGAAAAGGGAAACAUACCUACAAUAGUGCUGUAAUUAAUAAUCUCAAGGGUUUAGCCUGGUGGCCGAGGCAACCUCCUUUCUUUUGAUCUCUGUCUUCCGAGUUGAAAAGCAAUUUAGGCCCUUGUUGUAGAAAAUACCAAAAGAAAAGUAAAAUAUCGGAUUCCAUAUUGACCGAAUGAUGUCGGAAUCUGGAUAAGAUCAGAAAGGUAUAUGAAGAGUUAGAAGUACUAAUGAACAAGGCAUUUCACUUUGAUUCAAAAAUUGUAAACACAUUUUUAGCAUCAGGCGCACUGCCCUUUCCCUCAGGAGCGAGCAAGACUAUCUUGGUGAAUCCCUUCACUCACUAUCAACUAUUUUGGGGCAGUCCAUACUGGGCUUUGUCUCAGCUUUAAUUGGGCUCCUGCAAGUGGACAGUGGGUAGUUCCAUAAUAUUCCAAAAAAUAAAGUAAUAUGUAUCAUAUUUUUCUUGCAAAUUAAAAGGUCUAAUGCUGCAUUAACUUAUUAUAGAGCUCUUCUAAGUUUCAAUUGGAGAAUUCAACAUACUUCAGGGUAUUCUUCGAGGUUCUUUUACUAAUGGUUGAGACCAAGCAACAUAUUCUGACCAACACCCGACAAGUAUAAGUAUCGAUGAGAGGGAAUAUUUGAGUUGAUGGUUAUCAUUUUAUUGUCUUUUAGGGAAUAUUUCAUUCAAUGCCAAUUAAAACCUGCAUGCAAAUUCAGAUGCUAGCACACAAUCAAUAUUUAAUGGAAUAAACAUAAACAGUAAAGGAAUCUAACAUAGCCUAUGAAAAUAAAUAUAAACAUCAUAUUCUACGCAUUAAUCCUACAAUCUUGACGUUAGGUUAUUGUAUCAACUAUCACUACAAAAGAUCCAUCGAAUCAACAACCCAUUGAAAAGAUGGAAAAAAAGAGGAAAAGAUCCCUAUAGAGGUCUUUACAUGUAUUUGUAGUAGGAAACUCUUAAAUGGAAGAAGGAAAGAAAUGCUUUUAGCUAUAUAUAGAGGUGAUGGAUGAUAAAUCCAUUAAAACUCAUAUCUAAGUGCUAUUGCCCUAAAACAGGUUCUGAAGCACUCAAUAUGUGAAUUAUUAGUUGCCAGUGCUAGGCAAUGCUGGCCCAUUUCAAUUGGUCUCGAUCUUUGGUAUUUUCUCCCUCUUUUGGGCAAUAUGAGUGUUGAAACAUCCUCCAAACAAUUUGUGCUUUAAAUUUUAUCUUGAGGUGCCACUUAUCACAAGAAUUUCCGAUUUACUCAUACAAUGCAGAUACACAAAACCAAUAUCAGAUGGAGAAAAUACAUAUCGAAGAAAUAAAAAUAGCCUAAGAAAAAAAAAACACAAUAUGCACUUCUAGGCAUUCAUAAGUUGCCCUUUUUGAUUCAUGGGGAACACGUUACUAGCGUAAAUUUUUGUAACCGUCUAUUAUGCCAUGUCUUGUUCAUGGUUGGGUGGUUGCUUUGCCUUUUCACUCUCGCUUCCUAUUUUGCAGUCUUGUUAUGGUUUGCUUCGAUUUUAGUAUGAUACUAAUUUUUUGUAUCCUCAUAUUCUUCACGUGGUCUUAGAUUUUCUAUUUCUUGUGGCUUACUCUGGCAUAAGCACCCGUGUGCUCUUAUUAGUAGUGGUUGACAUCCGCAUCUGGCCCCUCGAAGCCCACCCAUCAGGAUUUGAUAUAUUUGUCUUUGGAAUGGUUCAUAGCUCUAUUAAAUGGGCCUUGGUGAACUCUUUUGCCUACUUCUUUUUGGGCAGGAUUUGAUAUAUUUGUCCUUGGAAUGAUUCAUAGCUCUAUUAGAUGGGCCUAGGUGAACUCUUUUGCCCACUUCUUUUGGGAUGGGCCUAGGAUAAAGUUUUGGAGACCUACUCGGCAGGGAUACAUUAUUUUGUGUUUAUGUUCUAUAAAUGCAUCCUUUUUCCAAACCCUAGAUAUCGACCGCCCCCCUUCCACCGGUGCCUCCUCUUCUCCCAUCUUUUGAUCUUGAACCAUUUCAGUGAGAUCCACAUCUUGAUCUCUUUGUUAACGAGAUUGUACAUUGGCGACUUGACUUUGCAGUCGAGUCCUCAGAACUGCUGGGUUUCCUCUGGUAAUUCUUCCGAAGGGUUUCUUGAAUGUUGUUGUCUAAAGCCAUUACAUAGGGUACCAUAGACAUGGGCUGCAAGCCUGCAAUGAUGCAUUUCCUUUGGUUUCUGCUGAUUUAAGCUGUCCCACGGUUAAUUCGAGUAAUGUUACACAGUAUUUACAGUAUGUGGGGUGAGGAAAAAAGAACUGUUGAAUCGCGAAUCAGGCCCAAAUCAAUCUUAAUGAGAGAACCGUGUACCACAGAUUUCUGUAGGUGUCAAUGGCCAAAAGUUGGGGAAAUGCCACAAUGUCUGAAGACGAUAGAUUUCCUAUGUCUGACAAUGGUUGAAGCCAAUGGCGUGUCACAAACAAGUCAUCACUCCUGCAUUUUCUCCAUCAUUGAAGCGGCCUUAGCAAGCAAAUGUGACUUUAAAGUGUUGCAUACGAUACUUCAGCAAAUGGAAGUUUUAAAGCAGUCUCAGCAAAAUAACUUCGAUCAUCUCCCUGAUGACAUUGUCCUCUUAAUAUUGAACAAGUUAUGGGAGGCUAAAUGGAUUUGCAGAUGCUCGAUAGUAUCCAAACGUUUUGCUUCCCUUAUCUCUCACAUCAACAAUGUCUCUGUCAAGUCACCCCACUAUGUUUCCACAUGGUUAGAACAAGAAAAGGGGAGUACUUCUGUUUUCGACUAUCUAGUUGGACUAAAAGACAUUGUGUAUUUGCAUCUAGAGGAACGUUUUUUUGGAGAGGUGGGUUUGAAAUCCUCAUGGUUGCCCAUUCUCAAAUGGAAAAUAUGCGACUUCGAUACCAAUGUCAAAAGUUUCAUUUUUGUAAAAGCAUCUUGGCUCGGGAGAGUGGAACUACCACUGGCCAAAGAUGAAAAAGAUGAGGGAGAAGAAGAGGGAGAAGAAGAAGAAGAGGAGGAGGAAGAAGAGGAAGAGGUCGAGUACGUGCAGCUCCACCCAACUAACAUAGCAGUAGUAUGUUUUGAUGAUGCAUGUAUGAGGCUUAAUAUUGUGAUGGAUAUGAUUGAAAAACAUCAAAUGCUUCGGAGCAUCACUAUUUCUGAUAUCAAGAACCAAGGGAAGAUCGUUGUCUCUGGCAACCAGAUCUCUGAGCUGAGAGACUUGGAAAGGGCAAAACUAUUGAUGCCCGAGGUGGAUAGUGGCAGAGCUGAAUUGCUCUUGAAGUAUUGUCAUCUCCCGUCGUUACAUUUGCCCAAAUCUAAGUUCAUGAUGGGGUGUCUGUCUCUGGUUUACAUAAGAUGUGUUAACCCAAGUUCUGAUGAGCAGGGUGAUGAUGUCGAUGAUGAUAUGUUAGCAGGUUCUUUUGAUGGCGAAGAAGGAGAGGCUUUUAAUGAAGCUGUGAAAGAAAUUUUGGCAAAGCACAAAAGCAAGCUGAAUACAGUUGCAGCAGCUGCUCAAAACUAGGUACCAUAAACAUGGGCUGCGGUGAUGCAUUUGCUUUGGUUCCUGCUGAUUGAAGCCGUCAUACAGGAAAUGAGAGUAAUGGUACACAGCAUUUACAGUACUUGCUGUGAGGUGAACAAAAACUGUUGAGAGCAAUAAUAUGGUUCCUAGUUUACGUGGAAAGCAAAGAAAAAGCAAACUUAAUCGGACAAGGCUCACCCCGCUAUGGAUAUCUGUGAUCCGGAUUUGAUCCGGAUUUUCUUAUUUCCUUCCUUUUUGCUUGGUGAGUAUUUUAUUUGAAUUUCUUUUUUGUUAAUUCUAGGGUAUUAGUAAGAAAGUACUCUGGAAAACUAGUACUCUGUAGUCUUUUGGAUGUGGUUUUUGAUUAACUGAAUUACUAAGAGUGUUGAUCU